AAAAAUAGAAAGACUCCGAACCAAAGCAAAGGGCACAGAGAACCAGACGGUCUCCCGACGUUCACCCGUAGCGAGGGUACUUCAAAGCCACGGAGAUGCCGAACGCUCCCUCCACUCCCCCUCUCUCCGUGGCCCCAAUGGACACCUCCUCAUCCCCCUCCUCCGCCCCCAACCCCCUCGCGGCCGUCUCCUCCUUCCUCCACCACCACCUCUCCCAACUUGGCUCCGAGCUCUCCGCCCGCAUCAACGACGGCCGCCGCCUCGUCCGGGCCGCCGGCACCGCGGCCCACCCCCCCGCCGCCUCCUUCGCGGCGGCUUCUCAUGGGGCGUGGGGCGGCGCCGGCGCCCAGGGGAAGCACGCCUUCGACCUGGCCCUGAGCCCGGAGUACGUCGCAAAGACGCUCGCCGGAACGUCGGUAUACACGGUGAGCAACUCAAACAACGAGUUCGUCCUCGUCUCCGACCCUAAUAAUGGCCUCCGCUCCCUCGGCCUCCUCUGCUUCCGCCAUGAGGACGCUCAGGCCCUCCUUGCCCAGGUUCAGCUUCGGCAACCGGUUUUAGGGAAGGGGGCAAGAGUGGUGCCCAUUACCCUUGAUCAGGUUUAUAUGCUGAAGGUUGAAGGAAUUGCAUUUCGGUUUUUACCUGAUCCUCUUCAAAUAAAGAAUGCACUAGAGUUAAAAUCUGCAGAUUUAUCAAGAGGCUUUGAUGGAGUUCCUGUUUUUCAGUCCGAUCUUCUAGUUGUUAAGAGGAAGAACAAGCGUUAUUGCCCUAUAUACUUUCAAAAGGAAGACAUAGAGAGAGAACUAUCAAAGGUUUCUAGGGCAUCAAGAGGUUCAGGAUUUUCUCAGCAUAUCAUGGUGGGCAGUUUCGAAGAUGUUCUGAAAAAGAUGGAGAUGAACGAUAAGAAUUCUGGAUGGGAUGAUUUGAUUUUCAUACCUCCAGGAAAAAGCCACGCCAAACACAUUAAUGAGGUGGCAGCAUGAUACAUAUGGCACCUGAAUGCAUCAAUAUAAAGGUCUUGAGAUGUAUGUAUUCACUCAUUUCAGGUCCCUUAUUGAAGCAGGUCAGCCAUCAGCCCUAGUUUAAUUAAUCAACAGAUGCAUUGGUUCUUGACUCUUAUUUGUAAGGAGGAUUUUGGAUUCCAAUUUAAAUGAUAUGAGUUUUUCGUCGAGGUC